UUGGAUCCAGGCCUGCCUCGCAUUUGCCACAGAAACUUCAGUAAUGUGACUUUGGACAGUUCUUGGAGCCUAAGAACAGACAAAUCAUGCCACAGCUAUAAGGUCAGGAGCCACGAAUAGCAACCGCUGGUCAUUGUCUUUCAUUGCUUUCUGUGCUAUAUUUGUCAGUGGUAUGAUGAGGAUGAUUUUUGUGAGGCUGUUGUGGGUUCUUUCUUCAGGGAGGGUUCAAUCCCAGCAUCUUAAGGUCAGGCAGGAAAACCUCUUGCCUGAACUUUGGCAAGUCGUUUGUGGCAAGUCCGCAUCAAGAACGCUAGACGGAUCCAACUCCCGAAGCGUUCUGCUUCUUUUGUGGCUUAGGUGCCAACCUCUGCACCAUCACCUGCUUGACAGAAUGAUCAGAGCUCACCUCCUUCAGCUAGAACUGGAGCUGUUUGCUGAAGGCAUUUGCGGGAGUGGGGGAAGUGGCUUGAUGACAGGCCCAUAGGUCAUGACCUACUUGGUUGUCUGAGACAGGUAGGGGUUACUUCCAGGUGGCCAGAUGAGGACACUGUUGAACCGAAGGAGGGAGCGUUGAGCUUUUUCUUUUCCCAAGCUAUCAUUGCUUGUAUGCUUGGAUAAAUAGGCUAGUGAAAAUUAGUACAAACUGGUAAGCCUGGUGGACUUACUUGCAAGAGCUCCAUUGUAACUAGAGAAUGGAGAGGCUUUUCAGACGUUUGUGGGAGCGUUUCUGCUCAGGAAGAGGGCUUCACAUAAGCGGCUGAGUGUGAUAGAACAGAAGAGACAAAGAUGCAAAAGUGGAUUUAUUUAGAGGCAGACAUAUAGAAAGUUAACACAAGCAUGCUUGAAAUGCUCCCAGCUUUACUAGGGCAGGUGCCUAAACAGACUGGAACCCAGACCUGUUGUUACCUAGAAACAAGCAAUACUUUUUUUGGCUUUUCUUUUCAAGACUGCCUCACCUGAGAAGUUUGCCUGUUUUCUGAACAGAGAAUCAGAACGGCACCCAGCGUCUUGGCACACCAUGCAGGGGAGGUCUGUGGCUGGCUUGAGAAAUGCAUGGCUACCGAUCAGCCAGGGGAAGCUGAAGAGAGUCUUGACGCAGGCCCAGUGCCUUGAUCUCGAGCAGUGUGAGAGCCGUCGCGGGGACUGAGGAAGCGCUGCCGCCUCCCUGCACCCCACUUGCCCGCUUCCAGCAGUCUGACUGGCUAUGUGGCCUCGCAUGAUGCAGGCCGAAGUGGGCUUUGAUGUUGCUCUGCAGGUGCCAGAUUCUAAUCUGCGCGCAAAUGGACUGAUGAAUAGUAGAUAUAAUGUUCUAAUUGUGUUAUUUACAGAUGUAUGACUAUGUGGCUAUAUUUAACAUACGGUUAUAAUAAAGUAUUUAUUUUGUAAAGGUCUCACUCCACAAUAUCCCGAUAUCUUUCUCAUUCCUAUUUGCUCCUCACAUUAUAGCUCUGGAUGUUCCUAGAUUGCCAUUUAGUAGUUGGGGUUUAGUUUGCUGAUGUUCCUCGUUUUUCUUGCUCUGGGCACAGAGUCAUAGGAGGCUUUUCACUUUGUCUUCCAGCAUGUAGACAUGGAAAACUCCUAUCUCUGCGGAUAUUUGAAGAUUAAAGGCCUUACGGAGGAGUAUCCGACACUUACAACUUUCUUUGAAGGGGAGAUAAUCAGUAAAAAGCAUCCAUUUUUAACUCGGAAGUGGGAUGCAGAUGAAGAUGUAGAUCGUAAACAUUGGGGGAAGUUCCCAGCCUUUUACCAGUACGCAAAAACAUUUAACUCUGAUGACUUUGAUUAUGAGGAUUUGAAGAAAGAUGACUUCGUCUUCAUGAGGUGGAAGGAACAAUUCCUGGUCCCAGAUCACACCAUCAAAGACAUCAGCGGCGCUUCCUUUGCUGGUUUUUAUUACAUAUGCUUCCAGAAAUCUGCAGCAUCUAUAGAGGGCUAUUACUAUCACAGGAGCUCAGAAUGGUAUCAAUCCCUGAAUUUGACGCACGUUCCCGAGUACAGCGCCCCCAUCUACGAAUUCCGGUGACAGCAACACCAAGAGCGGCACCAAGAGAUGGCCAGUGGGGCCGGGGAGAGCGCAGGCGUGCGAGAGGGGGCAUGCUCUGUUAGGACAACUGUGGUGGCCCUGCCGGGACGGGGGACCGCAGGCUCUUCUCCCGCCAGUGUUGGGCUGGUGCGCGAGCAGGAAUGAGACCCCACGGGGCUGCCGUGGCCUGAUCCUCCUUCCAGCUGUGUGGCAAACUGAUCCUUUAAUCUGGUUUUAAAGCUACUGUUCAAUGCACUUUUCUUGCACAGCUAGUCUCUUUAUCACUGACAGUCCUCUCCUCUGCCCUUCCGGGGGAGGAAAUGGCUGCGCCUAGAUGGAUUCUCUCCUACUAGAAGAAAACAUAAGCUCCUCCCUGCUUAUGUCUCCCCUGCCCCUUGCUCUAGCCAUGGGCUGUAUUUCAGAGCAGUCAUCCAGAGGUGCUCCUUCCUGCGGAGCCCGAGCAGCGCUUGAGGCUUCUGUGUGCCCAGCUCACAGCUGCAGCAUCCACUGAGGAGGCCGUGGGCCAAGCGGAAAGGGCCUAGCCACGCGUCGCUUCCUGUCGGCUAGUGAUGCUGCAUCUUUCAGGAAUGUUAGCCAGUCACGGAGACAUGGGCCGUUGUCUCGAUCACAUCGGAGAGAAAUAACGCAGUCUGUAGGAGUGGGAAACAUAAUCAUGCUUAUGCAAAGCUGUUGAUCUUACAAAGAAACUGUAAGGACUUUAAAGGAUAAAAAAGGUAAAUUUUAAGGCCCACUUUCCCUACUACCCCUCGGACUGUAUAGCACAUGCAUAAAGGGUUCCUCCUCACAUUUUCCCAUGGCUGCUGUUUCCCUGUGGCGAGAGCAGUGGAAGUCAGUGUUGGCUGAUGGUGGCGAUCUCUCUGUGUAACCAUCAAGCAGUGCUGACAGGCACCCAUCCCAGAGCAAGGCUGACCGGGGGCACGACAGCCAAGCUCCGGCACUUGCUCCAGCUCCCCGUGCGGCAGAAACCUUUGAUGUUUGCUAUGAAUUUCGCAGACAAAAAAGCCUCCAUAAAAAUAAACAACUCUCCUUGGACUUGGAAAUGUUCAGAAACUUAUGGCUUGCGUGCCAAACUUUUGUGUGUGGAGUUGUGUGUGUGUAUGUGUGUGCUAGUCCAGAUGCUGUUUAACCUGGCACUCCUCUGCGGAGGGUACUUUGGAGUUGUCUUGAUUAUAUUGUUUGCUGGCACGGGGCGGGAGGAGUGGCAACUACCCCGCUACUCGGUUUUGUGGGGUGGGGGGCAGAACUUGCGAUCAUGCAAGGUCCACGUCCUGCAGGAAAAUGAUCUGCCCUUGCAAAGCCGUCUGCCUGUCCCCUCAGGUGCCUACAAUUUACAGGGUAGCUGAAAACAAGUCUGGCAAGGGGGCUUGCUCAGAACGAACUGGUAUUUUAUCCAGGCGAGAGGCCAAAGAUGUGGGUGCAUUGUGGGUGCUUCGAGUCCACUCCUCAAAUAUUGUGACACUGUUGUCAUUCACAAUGAGUGGGACUGCAGAAAGUAGACAUGGUACUUGGGACGGCGGGCGAGUUUCUUCUCUGUACAUCCGGGGCUCUGUCUGCAAGACGGUCUUGGAAGGAGUACAGAAGAACAUGCAGGGUGUGGAAUCGGUGUGGAAUUAAGUCCUGACUGGUUUGAGAGCAGGUUUCUAGCCCCCAUAGCUUGAAUGAUAGGCAUCUAGGUGUAGAUACUUGGGAAGGCAGUAUGUAGUUGAAACGUAACACAGGUUUGGCGGUCACCCGGGGGCGUAGCAGGACUCCAUUGCUCUCCUCCAGUGGCCAGGGAAGCCAGACUGGGUUAUGGUAGGAAAACCGUGUGGUACACAGUCGCUUGGUUGACAACCAUCAUGUGGAUCAUGGCAGCCUUCUUUCCAUGGCGUAGGAUUUGUAUUGCCAAGGUGCGGAACUGUAAUAUUUCCAGAGCACAGCAUGCGUGGUGCUGUCUGUAUCUUUCAGAAGAAGGUCACCGACUGUUUUCAGAACGCUCUCCAAAGUGAGGGGAGGAAAAGCAAAACCCCUCAUGAUUAGUGUUGAAUUUUUCAAUUAAUUCAGACUUGCUGCUUGCUUGCUUGCUUGCUUGCUUUCUAACCAUGUACUGUACGUUGCAGUGGCUGAAUCGCAGACUGAAGCCUCAACAGAAGUGUGUGACUCUCGGCUGGCACGUAUAUAUUUCAGGUCCCACGUUCCCAUUAACGUCACAAAACACUCCAGGCCAAUGCCGCCUCUUCCCCGUCCCCCACCACACUGCACGGAAGCACGGCAGAAACAUCCCAGUGGAUUUGAGUGGAAGCACUGAAGGUGUGCGUGCAAAGGAGAUGGAUGUGCUUUGCUGGGUCACUGUCUUGAGUUUUGAGGUCAGGUGGAUGUUUCCUUUGCUUCAUUGCAGGGAGCUCUGUGAUGUCCAACCUGACCUUCAUCCUGCUUGGUCGUAUUCUGCUAAUAGGUGUAGGGAAUAAGACCGGGUGCUUCUGUAGUGCAGGGAAAGAAAUGGAGAGCUUGUGGCCCUCUUUGCUACUCUUUCCAUUGUUCUCACACAGUAAUAAAGGUUCUUCAGUACUUUGAGAGUAAGGCCCCAGACUAUUUCCCACGAUAAACUGUAGCUUCUUCCCCUUUGCUUCUCUUUCUACUUUUGAACAAGCCAGUAUCCUUUUGAAAGACUGACAGUUAAUGGUGCCUUUGCUUUCUUUGGCUUAAGGGGACGUAAUAUUAGGGCUCCCCCCACUUCCCAUCCUGAAUUAAAAAGGGAAGCCAGCGAUUCUCCAGUGAUCCCUUCAGGCCAUCGAAAUUGGUCUUGCAUGUAAUCAAAACAGGAAGAGAAGAAGCACAGCCAGUCUGUACUCUUUGGACACCUUUGCUACAGCGUUCAGGAAGAAAUGCUUGGGUGCGAGGGGGAGCGUGCACCGGAGAAUCCCACUGUUUCUGGAAGUCCAAGCAGCUUGCAUACCCCACCCCGAAAGGUCCUGUGUAUGUUAUACCAGAAGUGGCCAAUCCUAGCGCUUUCCUUCUGUCCACUUCAUCGUAAAGGAAGAGGAAGCCAGCCACAGCCCCCUGGGCCAUGCAGUCACAACUUUGGGCCGGAAAACAGCAGAUGGAAUCCCCAGUCCAGGGGGGUCUUCAGGCUGGCACUCCUGCUUUUGGCGGCAACCCUCCAGUUCUUGUCUCAGUGGUCUUAAAGCUGAGGGGAGUUCUCAAAAGCAGUUGGAGAUGAUGGCAGGGAAACGUGAGGGAUGAGGACUCGAACCCAAAAACAGAGAAAGUGCUUGGCAGGGAGCGGGGCAGAGGUCCUUGGAUGUGUUUCAGCUCCAUGCAAUUUUAUUUUCAUUGCCUGAGCAAUGUUUUUAAACCUGGUAUCUUCUAAAUUCUAAAACUGGUCUAAGCGCACCUGCUGUAAUUCAGUCUUCCAAGCAGCUGUUGAAAAUACUAAGCGUCUUUCCAUUUCAUUGUAGCAUGUUUUAUGCAAAUUUGGCAUUGCAUGGAAGGAUCGGUCCUCUAAUUUGGAGAGUUGGGUAACAUAGAACAAAUACAAUAGAAAGCCACUUGGAGGUACCAGGGCCCCAAAAACCUCUCCUAAAAGCCAUGGCUGUGAUAUUUGGAAAAGGGUGCCCUUAUUCUUUGAUAAAAACCUAUUUGUUAAACCUGAUUUGUUAAACGCUUCUGUAUAAGACAUCAUACAGCACUGAAAAGAUGAAAAGGUCAGGAAAAAACAGCCUUUUAAAAAAGAUGCUUCACUGUGUGAAAUAGAGCUUUAAAAUAAUAUUAAUCUUUCUUUCCUGCUCCCCAACAAUAAAUUAUCAGAUGCUGUAACAAAAACCAGGAUUCAUGGCUGCAUGGUGCUCAUAGACAAGAAUGAUGGGGCUUCACAGGCAGAGGUUUCUGAGGUGGGAGCUUCCAAGUCUUACUGAAAAGAUUUUAUAAAAGCUAACUUGAAAAUCAGAGUAUUAAAGAGUAUUUAUAGAUGAUUUCAGAAAAGCGACUGUGAGUUUUUCCAGCGUUAUCGGUGUCCAAAUUAAAAGAACAUGUAUUUAA